AGGGCCGAGGAGACUUAAUCCUAUAACCAACGUCGUUAUAUUUGAAACGCACACCACGUCCACGACAAUGACGACGGGGACGAUGUUGCUGGUCAUCGCGUCCGUAGUUGGCGCCCGUGCUGCUGCCCAGCUGAACGCCCGUUACCGACUACAGCCUGGUCAAGUGGGCAGUCUGUGCAGCGGCCUGACGCCGGGAGAUUGUCGGAAGGACGUUCCAUAUGUCCUGACCCGCAGUGUUGUGGAGUGUGCUAUCCGCUGCACCAAACACCCUGGCUGUAAGUCUUUCAGCUUCCAGAUCCGCCCAAACAGCGCCCGACACACCCAUCGCUGUGAGAUGGCCCCCGACAAGGUGCAUACCAUCCAGGUCGCUGCCAAAAAUGGCUCAGGUUAUGAAUAUUACAAAAAUGUAUCCUGAAACUUGUACCAAUAAAAUAUCAUGGCCGA